UUGCCAAACAUUCGCAUGUGUUUCGCAGUUUCUUUAUAUCGCGCUUCACACCUGCUUGAUUGCUCACAGUUAUUAAUCAUUUCCAGUUUUAUCCCCAUCUAAAAUUCCUUUCGAAUUGAGUUGUCAGUUGUGGAUCUGAGAUUUUUAACAAGUAUUCUGCAUAGUACAGUAAGUAGAUGGAAGCAGCAGUUGUGCGCUGAGUUUCGCCGCGGAUAAACUGAUAGCCUGUGCCCUGUGGGCUUGUAUACGAUUGACAACACUACUUUGUGGAUGAUUUCCACUGAGCUUACCGUUGUUGUAGCCUUCAUUCCGUUUUAUAAAAUUGAGCGGAUCUGCGUUAAUCGGCGGAGAAUUACUGGAUAUUGAGUUGCGGCGCGCAUUGCGAGCGCUGAUCAAACUUGUGCUGAUCGAUCGAAAAUGACGUCGUUCGUGAAAACACAGCUGACCAACUACCUCGCCAAGUUCAUCAAGAACUUCGAGCGGGACCAGCUCAAAUUGAGCGUGACGAAAGGACGUUUCGAGCUGACGGAUCUGGACUUUGACGAGGACCUGCUGACCAACCUGAUGGAGCUGCCCACCUGGCUCAAGGUGGACCGCAUCUCCUGCAAUCGCCUCUACGUCAAGAUUGGUUGGCGGAAGAUCCAGUCGCUUCCCUUGCACAUCCACCUGGACGAAGUGACGGUGCAAAUGGCCACCUGUCCGGAGCUGCGCACCCCCACGCCGCCCGUCUCCGUCUUCAGCAUGCCCGACAUGCCCGAGAUGAAGUACCGGCUGCCGCACAAGAUCCUGGACGGCGCCAUCAUCACGAUGAACAAACUGCGCAUCUCCUUCGUCACGCAGCUGAUGAAGGCGGAAAUCGAGUUGCUGCAGCUGCGCACCUACCCGUCGACGCCCGAGUGGCAGCAGACCGACAACAUCGCCAAGAGCCGCGUCAAGAACCAGGACCUGGACGAGACGCUCAUCUUCCGCCAGCUGGACUUUGACUCCAUGAAGUGCGAGCUGGCCAGCACCGGCGACAACGAGAACCAGUCGCAGCCCAUCGCGCUCAUCACCAGCGAUGACAAUGUCCGCAUCAUCAUGAAACGCCGCCUCUCCGAUGCCGCUGUUCUGGCUGUGAAAAUCGAUAAUAUUCUGGAGAAAAUCCAGCUGAAACUCAGCGAGACGGAGAUGAAAUCCGCGGUGGAAUUCGUGCGCGACAUCAUGGCGCUGAUCGAGGCGUCCACGGCGCAGACGCGCAUCCUCAAAGCGCAGAACAAAUACGUCGCCAAGCAGAAAUCCUCCAAAACGAUGGACGAGUUCAUGAAGAAGCACGUGGGGGAGGAGUACAACGCGCAGACGGAGAAGCGGCCGCACUUCAAGGACGCCAAGGCGCGCUACUUCAUGCGCAACACCAUCUGGGAGAGCUCGCAGCACCUGCUCUUCAAGACCAUCGACCUGCUCAUCAUCCACGACAACGCCAUGCCCGAGUCCUUCCCCGAGUACAGGCAGUACAAGCGCUACGCCGGCGCCUCCAUGACGUUCCACAUCGAGAACCUCCGGGCCGAUGUGUAUCCAUUCCACUUGGUGUCGGAGAGCGCCAACAGCUGGAUGGCGCGCCAGCACAUGGUGCCGGGCAGCGAGGUGUGGCGCUCGGCGCUGCUCAGCGGAUACCGCCGCGAGCUCGCCAGCGUCAACAGCAGUCUGUUCGAGGAGGACGUCAAGCACCUGAUGUCGUCGACGAUUGUGGUGGGCAUCGGCGACAUGACCAUCUACCCGCUGAUCACGGCCAAGGACGUGCAGUGCGGCAACCGCCCGCAGGAGCUGCCCUUCCUCAGCUUCCAGAAGACCGAGUUCGGCCUCCCCAGCAGCAUCCCCGCCAUCGAGCUGUGCCGCACGCAGUACUACUACGCCAAGCAGGUCCAGUGGCCCGUGCCCAAAGCCAGCUUGUUCGUGUCGGUGUCGCCGAUGCGCAUCGCCUUGGACGCCAAGACCGUCGACUGGAUGACGCUCAUGUCGCUGCACGUCGCCUUCGACUUGAUCAAGAAACUGCGCAGUCUCGAGCUCUUUAUGGUGGGCAGUCCCGAGCCGUCGACGGUGAAGACGCUGCUGCGCGUCGAAGCCUACUUCCCCCGGAUUUUCUUCCCGAAGUCCUUCGAGAGCGAGGAGGGCCGUCGCUCGGGGAUCCAGCUGCAGAUCGCCUCGCUGGUGGUGUCCAACACCUCGGUGGGCCAGAGCAAGACGGUGGAGGAGGCGCUGCCGGCCAUUCUGCAGACCAAUCUCUACGCGCACCCCUCCUUCCCGCCCAACAUGCCGGCCGACUGGUCGCUGCCCGACCUGGUGCAGCACAUCCGCUCCUUCUACCAGGACCCCGCGCGCCGUCCCUCCAUGAUGUUCAUCCAGGCCACGGAUUUGUGGGCGGGGGCGGUGACGGAGGAGCUGGGCAGCAGCGUGCCGAUCCCCUUCGUGGACGCCGUGCCGGUGCAGAUGUGGCUGGUGCCGGGCAACUUCAACGUGUCGCAGCAGCGCAAACUGGUGUGGGGCGCCGCCGUCGUCUGCGUGGACGCGCCCACCCUCCGCGUCCAACUCAACGACUACAUCCUCAAGCUGCUCAAGCAGGUCUCCGAGGGCCUGGUGCGGCUGGGCGACGUCGGCGCCGAGCACAUGGCGAUGCUGCCGCAGCUGGGCUGCCCGGAUCUGGGCCUGUGUCUGCUGAUGCAGCAGGAGAACGUCGAGGUCUCCGUCGUCCUGCAGUCGCAGUACGGACAGGCCAUCAGCGCCGGGGAAGCGCUGAACAUCUCCAACUUGAGCAUCGCCAAGGAGACGGCGGCGACGAUGGCGGAGAGCGGGUCGUUGCGCUCGCUGUCGCUGUCGCAGCACCGCGACAGCAUCGACUCGACCACUUCGGCCAGCGAUGUCAACAUCCCGGCGUCGGCGGCGGCGCUGAGCGCGCAGCAGUCGGCGGUGCAGAUGGCGCGCGACAACCCCGUCGGGGUCAGUCCCCUGACAACGAUCACCAGCAGCGCCUCUAUCGACAGCGCCGCCACCAACCGCACCAACAACACCCAACCCGCCUCCCUCGAUAACAACGCGCCCUGGUGGAAGCAAGCCAAGUACUUCCGGGAGUCGGACAACGAGUCGGAGGACGUGUUCAGCGAGGUGAGCAACCUGGAGAGCGCCAGCGAGACGGGCUCGGCUUAUGAUUCGGACGAGGAGAGCGCGGCCGGCUCCAUCACGGGCGGCAGCGUCGUUACGGAUGAUUCCGCCUGGGAGAGCGAGCUGGAUUUGACCGAGGCCGAGCGCUUCAACUGGAAGGCCCUCGCCAACGCCCGCAAGACCCUCCCGCUGCCCGACGUCCCAACGUCCUUGUUCGUGGCCACGCUGAAGUCGCUGCAGACCUACUUGAUGAUUUCGCACGGGCACGUGCUGGCCAAACUGCGACUGGGACAGAUCGUUACGGCGGAAAGUCGCGAUGUGGCGCUGCGGGAAGUGCCCAGUGUCCCGCUGCCCGAAGCGGAUCUGGACGUGAGUCGGCCAGAGUACCUGGACAGCCUGCUGCUGCGCUUCGAGCGCGGCAAGUACGCGCUGCACGGCGACGCGCCGGGCAUCACGGCGGUGUGCCGCGGCCUGGACGUCCCCGUCCAAGGGAAGACCUUCCGCCGGCUGAUGGCGCUGCUGGACGAGGUGCAGAAGGCCGCCGCCGCCCAGCCGUCGGCCCCGGCCCAGUACAUCCUGAAGGGCGUGCCCAUGAUCAACAUCCGCCUGAUGAACAUCCACUGCCGGCUGAAGGACGUCAUCCAGCAGCUGGCGCCCGUGGCGGGCGACGGCACGGCGACGGGCGGGGACGCCGUCAAGGAUCUGUCGCUGAAGUUGACCGGGAUCAGUGUGCAGUCCAACGCCGAUGGACAGAUUUGCGUCAGCGCCGCGCACGAUGAAGAAGCGGCCGAGGACGAGGAGAUGUUGGGCCUGUCGCCGGGGCUGAUCAAGCGGCAGCUGACGGCGCUGAAGGAGCGGCAGGCGCGGCUGGAGCAGCGCAUCCGCGACCUGCACGCCCGCCUGCCGGCCGCGAAGGAUGCCGGCGAACAUGAACGUCAGUAGCGAGGUUUGGCCAGUUAUCUUGCUUACAUUAAGCAGCCGCUGACGUGGUUCGUUUCCUGUUUUUUUUGCGUGCAGCUCUUCUGUUUUUACCAACCAGGUUGGUGUGUGUUUCUGUUAAAUUCUUUUUUGUUGGCGUUUAACCAGUGCAGUUGUGGCAGCUGCUGGACAACCUGAGAAAAAGCGGAAUUAUUCGGUAAAAUUGUCUUUGAAAGAAUGGUUCCGCAUAAGGCAUAAUCAAUUGUAUUAUUACGUAUUAAUUUUGGUUGUACUACCCUAACCCUAGCAUUUUUGUGUUGUGGUCGUUUCUUUCGUUCUCAAAGUUCCUGGAUGAAUGAAUGCCCAUGUGUAACCUGGACUGCGAGAUAAAUGUGUGUUUUUCAAAAGAAAUGUAAUCAAUUUUCCAGCCUAAAGAAUAAAGAUGCAGUGCGGAACGAACAGACGAACGUGAUUCAU